AUGCAUCUCCAAACCCUCCUCCCCGUUCUCUCUGCCUUAGGAACAACAGCUGCCAUUACCUCCCAACCCCCAGCGCAUCUCUGGGCAACCCACUACAGUGGCAAUGUUUACUCUCUGACUCUGAAAGACAAUGAUCUAUCCAUAUCACAAACCCUCGACACCUGUGGCGACAUGCCAAGUUGGCUGACCCUAGACGCGCACACACGUACCGUCUACUGCACCGACGAGAGCGGCAGCGCCGAUCCUUCCACGCAUGGCUCACUGACAGCCCUGCAUGUCCAGCCAGACGGCACGCUGCGCGAAGGCGCUGUCGCGAGUGCUGUCGGUGGCGGCGUGAAUAGUGUUAUCUAUAAGGCGGAUGGGGGAAAAAGUAUCUUGCGGUUGCGCAUUAGCUCAGCUAUCUCAACAUUUUCCCUACCAAUCAAACAAAACCAACCAACCCUGCAAGCCUUCCAUUUCAAUUUGACCAGGCCGGGUAAAGUUCCCCAGCAGGACUCGUCGCACCCACACCAAGUCUUCCUUGACCCGACCGGCUCGUUCAUCCUCAGUCCUGACUUAGGUGCGGAUCUGCUGCGCGUAUACGCGAUCGAGGAUGGCCAGUCGGGAAAGCUGUCGGAGUGUCCGAGCGUGAAUGUUACCUUCGGCAGUGGGCCACGACACGGCGUGUUCUGGACAGAUGGUAGCGAUUGGUCGGUUGGGGCAUGGUCCUCCCGCUCGCAGAAGACGAAGGCUAUCGGCGAGACAAUGAUGUAUCUUGCUAACGAGAUCGGGGGUACGGUGAUGGUGUUUGAUGUCUCGUAUCCAAGGUCUGGGUGUUUGUCUUUUGAGAAGACCCAGACGAUGGUGCCGUAUCCUGGGGGUGUUAUGCCCGAGGGUGCGACGCCGGCUGGGAUUAGUAGGAUUGGGGAUGACUUUUAUGUUUCGAUUCGGAGUGAUCAAGGGUUCGCGCCGAGUGAUUCCAUGGCUGUGCUUGAUCGGUCGCCGGAAGAUGGGUCGCUUGAGUUGCGAGGCUCGUCUUCUGCGCUUGGGAAAGUGCCGCGGACCUUUGUAAUUAACCGGGCCGGGGAUUUGGUUGCUAUUGGCAAUCAGGCUUCUGCGACGGUUGCGAUUGUGCGUCGGGAUCCGAAGACGGGGAAUCUGGGCGAGGAGGUUGCUACUCUACAGGUUGGCGAGCCUGGGAAGGUUGGGACUGCGGAGGGUCUCAGCAGUGUCAUUUGGGACGAAUAG